AUGUUUCUAAUUCUAGCUGAAGCCGAGAGACCUUGGACCCGGGCUGAACAAAGUGCCUUGGAAGCAGCCUUGCGUUCAAAUCCAGCUAACCCUUGUGAACAUCCUGCAGUUCGUUGGCAAAAAAUUGCAAAUGUGGUGGGCACACGUACUAGCAAGGAGUGUCUUCAACGGUACAAAUACCUCGCUGAACAAAUUAAAUUGAAGAAGGCGGCUCAGGCAGCAGCUGGUGUGUCUACAAAGUGA